AUGCAUCACUCCCACGGUCACGCAGAGUUCUCCGGUCCCCUCCAGCACCUCUGCAUCUGCGCCGCAUCUGGGCUGACGCAGCAUCGGGAUCCGGCUGCUGUGAGUGGCCACAAGAGGAAGAGGAAGAGGAGGAAGACGAGGAAGAGGAGGAAGAGGAAGCGGAAGAAGGACAAGAAGAAGAAGAAGAAGAAGAGGAAGAAGAAGAUGAAGAGGAGGAAGAACAGAAGGAGGAAGAAGAGGAAGAAGAAGAUGAAGAUGAAGAAGAGGAAGAAGAAGACAAAGAAGAAGAAGAAGCAUGUUACUAUAAUUAAACGUGGACUGGUCACGUGUGUGUUUGAUGCACAGCGGCUGGAGUUACUCAGAGUUCAUUGGGUUCGCGGCCCAUUUACCAAACACCAGGGGCUUUGA